UUCGCUUUGGUUGAACAUGAAGAGGGUUGUAAUCGUGUUGUUAAUUUGUGUUAAAAUCUAUUUCUCAGAUUCCGCUAGAAAUGAAAUUCCCUGUGGAUCUUCAAGUUGCGACAACGUAGGCUACGAAUCAUGCGUUCGUCCGCCGGAAGUACGCACGGAGGCGGACUCUCUUUGUUAUUUGUGCAAGGAUCUGACUCGAUACGGAGACCCCUGUGACCCCGCGAACACUAGACAGGGCUGCGUAUUGUACUGCAUAGACAAGACAGUGGAGAAAAUAGAGAUUAUAUGGAACCAGUCACAAGAAUCUCAGAACCGAACAUGGCAACGUCUCAUCAUGGAAAAUGAAAACACUAUAUCUCUGUUACGGGAAAACGCAACAGAACAGGCGAGGAAAAUGGACGAUGCAAACAAAACAAUUCAACUGUAUAUCUGGCGCUUCGUAGCAACACUAUUGAUUCUUGGUUUGACAAUUACUAUUCUAUCGGUAGUAUUGUGUCUUUACUGCAAGAAGGUUAACUACAGAUCAGUGGAUGAUUCUGAAUCAAGUUUAACAGACUCGAUAGCUUACUCGAAAAUAGUGUCUGACACUGAAGAACCCAAAAGCAACAAAGAACCAAACAGUAUUUAUUCAGUUGAGCUAACGCACAUUAUGAACUCGGACUCUCAAGUAAUUAUGCAGGAAACAAAUCCAGAAGAAUGUCGCGACGGUCGACUCAGCAAUGUUCCUCCACAACAGGAUGACAGCGGUGAAAUGUGUACAGGAUCAAGUUUAACGUAGGCAAAAGGAAACGAAACAAUGGAAAUGUCGAAAUAAAAUGAUGGACUUAAGCAAGUUAUGUGUUCAUAAAAUUUACAUUAGUUGACAUUACAUUAGCCUGUCAAUUAAAGUAAUGCAAUUUGUGGGUGUUAAAGAAAAUUAUGGUCAAUUUUAAUUUGAAGGGACUUACAGAUGAUUACACAUUCCCCGAGAGAGAAACAGUGCAAUUAUUUAAGACCUUGAAAUAGACUUAAAAAAAAUCUCACCGGUAUUCGAACCGGAUGUCUUAAUGUCUAUGUCAAAGUGUCAUUUUAUCCAAUUGUGUGUGUGUUCCUUUCAUUUGUUCAUAAGUCCCUUUAUGGUCGGAUGAGCGUAAUAUACGACUGCACAUGAAACAAAUGUAGACAUAGUAUAUUUUAAGUUGAUGCGUAAUCUUUGCCCAUUAGAAGCUGACCAAUCUUAAAUACAAACGGACAAGGUUUAUUUAAAUUAACCUUACUCACGCAAGUUGGAAAGCAAAUUCUACGAUACAUGUUCAACACCAACAUGAAUAUUAUCGACGUUACUUGUUCGUGGAAAUCUAGUUUGCAAACGCGACGAAGAUCGGUUGCUUUUACCAGCAAAGGAUGAUCAAAAUUAUUCAAUGCACAUUUCAUUCAAUGCAUGUGUACACGUUAAUAAAGCUAUACGGACAUUGAGGUACCAAUGUUAAACAAGGGUUGCAGACACUUUAAACAACAUGGUUAUUCCUAUACAAAAUAGACGCUCUUGAAAGAAUUGGCGUUUAAAAUACGUUUAAAAUAUAUUCAACAAUAAAUGCUUCAACGAGAAGCUGUUUCAUUAUUUGUCUGCGACUUGAUUUUUGUACAAAAGGGACUUUGUUCACAGAUUUUCCUAUAUUUUAAAAUUUUAAUUAAAAUAACUAUUAUUUUGAAAAGUCUAAAUACUUAUUUAAGCGAAAAUAAAGAGUUUCACUCAUUUUGAUAAUGCUUAUUCAAACAUUGAAACACUAUUUUAAACAAUUUUGAUUUUGAGGACUAUUUUUAAAAUAUGUUUAUGUUUUUUUUAAAUCUCGCCCGAUUGCCAAAACUGGUAACAGGCUCCUUUGCUAUUUAAAUAAGCAUCCAGGCCUUAAAUGAUUGAUCAGAUGUUCUACGGAUUUGCCGAACCAAAAUGUUGUGAAAAAAAGAUGUAAUGCGCCCUCUUAUGGUCCAUUUUGCCCGCCACCUUGUUUUAAACUCAUAUUUGUUUUGUAUUUCUAUUGAUUUAAGAUUUUUACGACACGAAUUGUUUAUUUGUCGUUUAACAGUUAAUUGUACAAAAUGGCAGCAUUAAUUAUAUCAAAGUAAUAUUUGUAUAUGCUUUGAAAAUAUUAUUUGUGUACGAUAAUCAAACAUGUUACAUUUCCAUACGAUAAACCCUUGCACAGUUUGUAUGAACUUGGAUUUUGGAAUGUUAUACAUCGUGAUCAAGCUUUUAUUUUAAUAUACGCCUCGCGUGGAUCUAAAACUAGUAACACGGGUUUUCCGAAACUUCCGUUUACGAUUACAAACGGUAAGCUUAUUAACAGUUGAACGUUUCGUGAAUCAUUUAAGUUUUAACAUAUCAUUAAGAAUUAAAGCAUUCAACCACUAAA